CGACUGCUUCCGAGGUCAUGUUCCCGGGAGGCGCGCGUCUUCAGGGUGGAAGCCUGGCGCACGUCCGGAGGUGCCGAGAAGCCAACCAGCCGAAACUCUGGGGGAAAUGACUCUCCUCUGCCCUCGCCCCGCGCUCUGCUACCAUUUCCUUACGUCUCUGCUUCGCUCAGCGAUGCAAAACGCGCGAGGCGCACGGCAGAGGGCCGAGGCCGCGGGACUCUCCGGGCCAGGCCCGCCCCUCGGCCGCGCAGCGCAGCACUGGACGCCCUGGCCGCUGUCCAGCGCUGGCAGUCUGAGCCGAGGCUGUCGCGGAGCCAGUACAGCCGGGGCCGCGGGCUGGAAGGGCGAGCUUCCUAAGCCGGGGGGAUGCCCGGCGCCCGGGCAGGAGACACCCGCCAUUUCACCCAGUAAGCGGCCCCGGCCUGCAGAGGAGGGCGGCAUGCAGCUCCGCUUUGCCCGGCUCUCCGAUCACGCCACGGCCCCCACCCGGGGCUCCGCGCGGGCCGCGGGCUACGACCUGUACAGUGCCUAUGAUUACAUAAUACCACCUAUGGAGAAAGCUCUUGUGAAAACGGACAUUCAGAUAGCUCUCCCUUCUGGGUGUUAUGGAAGAGUAGCUCCACGGUCAGGCUUGGCUGCAAAAUACUUUAUUGAUGUAGGAGCUGGUGUCAUAGAUGAAGAUUAUAGAGGAAAUGUUGGUGUUGUACUGUUUAAUUUUGGCAAAGAAAAGUUUGAAGUCAAAAAGGGUGAUCGAAUUGCACAGCUCAUUUGCGAACGGAUUUUUUAUCCAGAAAUAGAAGAAGUUCAAGCUUUGGAUGACACCGAAAGGGGUUCAGGCGGUUUUGGUUCCACUGGAAAGAAUUAAAAUUUAUACCAAGAACAGAAAACGAGAAGUCAUACCUUUUUCUUAAAAAAAAAAGUUUUUGCUUAAAGUGUUUUGGUGUUUUACACUUCUGUAAACUUACUAGCUUCACCUUCGAAAAGUACUGCAUUUUUUACUUUAUUUUUUUUUUUAUGGUCAAGGAAGAGAUCAUAAAAAAAUAAAACACAAAGCUUUUUGUGUUUGGAUCAAAAAGAAACUUUGUUUUUCUGCAAUUGAUGGUUGCAUGUAAAUCUGCUUUGUGGUGACCUGAUGUAAAGUGUCUUCUUAAAAUCAAAUGUACAUCAAUUACAGAUUAAAAAAAAAAAAAACCUGUAUUUAACUCAAAUGAUCCCCCUUCAGCAACUUAUUUUGCUUUAAUUCCUUUAAAUCUUAAGCAAUAUUUUGUAUUCAGUAAACCUAAAUUCUUACACAAGGUACAAAAUCUUGCAUAAGCUGAACUAAAAGAAAAUGAAAUGAAAAGGAGAGAUUAAAGGUAUUCCUUGUUCUUCCUUCUCUUCACUAGUUUAAAAACUUCUUUUUAAUCUUAAGAUUCUUUGUGAUGAGGGUGAAAAGAGAAUCCUCAGUUUAUUUUUCCACUAUUAAUCUUUCUUUUGAUAAAUCCUCUAUUGACUGGGUAGAGGUAUGUUUGUGAAAGACAUGUAACUUGGGGAUUUGUUACCUUUGUUUUGUUCCCCUGAAUUUCAUCUCAUCAGGCAAGUUGUACUAGUUGUAGCUAUGAGUUUCCCUAAGUGAAGUAGCAAUAGGCUGUAAUCAAGAAAAUAUGCCAUUUACAGGGAUAAGAUAAAUGAAAUAAUACAUACUUCGGCCACCAGGUUUUUCUGUCUCACAUACAUAAGCAGCACUUCAUUGCAGAUACGGAACUGAUUCUGUGGCUUAGCUUGAUUGACAUCUUUUGGAAGUUUCUGCUAGUGUGCUUUCCUUUCUUUACUAUGUUUCUCAAAUUCCUUUGUGUCAGGGUUUUUUGGUGUCACUUAGGUUUUGUCCAUCAGAUUCUGAGACACCAGGCAUCAUUUUGAGGAUGUGGGUUAUACACAUGGAGUGCUUCUGGAAUUAUCAGUCCGCUUGGCCACCCAGUUUGUGGAAGCACAGGCAAGACUGUUCUUUUCUGGUGAUUCUCCAAGCCAUUUAAUACCCUGCAAUGUAAUUGUCCAUCUGUGGGUCACAGUUCAUUAGUGAGUCAUGAAAUCAACUCACUGGGACAUAGCCACCAUUUUUGUGUACUGGGUUGGGCUAUAAAUUAUUUCUGUUGUCAGUAAAAUGUAAAUGUUUUUCUGCUAAACUAA